CGAGGGCAACACCUUCACUAAAACAUCUCUCUGAAGAGCCGUCUAGGCACAAAAUAUCAAACCCUAAACUGAAACCAUCUCUUGUGCAUAAGCAAACCAACAACAUCACCGAAGGUUCUUCAAGAGACAUGGCAGACUGGGUUGAAACAAACCAGACUCUUCUGCUAAAACCCAAAGCGGCUUUAGGGUCCCAAAUCCAUUGUCCUGAUUAGCAAGACCACAGCUUGGUGCUUCGCUUCGCAACUCCAGUACUAUUUUCAUAUCCAAUGCCAUUUGCUAUGAAAGGGACUAUCCCCUCCAAAUACCUUCCAUUUCACAAUAUAAACUGCGAUUUAUUCCUCCAAUUCCCUCCACUCUUUGCUUUCCAUGGCAUAUUUCAAGAACAUCUUGUCCACUCUCGGGCAGUUCUCAAGAACCCCAUCAUCAUCAUCUUGUCCUCUCUCUAAUCUAGGAACCAACAUCUUACUCAUUUCACUUCUCCUUCUCUCAAUUCUCCUCCUUUCAGCAUCAUCACAGACCAAUCACUCACCAACCAUUCUAGUCUCAGCCAUUGCUUCCCGCAUUCGUGUUGUUGCAAACUACAUCUCUCCCUUCUCCUCAAUCUCCUCCUCAAACACAUGCCUUGUCUUGGACUGUGAGAGCAACUGCUCGCUCGCUUCAGUCUCUGUAAUCGAAAGACCUCACAAGACUUCAAGAAAUGAUCAAGAAAGUUAUAACAUGUUGUUAGAAAAUCUGAGUUCUUGCGAUAUCUUUAAUGGUAAAUGGGUGCUUGAUGAUUCUGAACCUCUUUACCAACCAGGCUCUUGCCCUCACAUUGAUGAUGCUUUCAACUGUUACAAGAAUGGAAGACCCGACUCUUAUUAUCUCAGAUACAAAUGGAAGCCAUAUGAGUGCCAGAUUCCGAGAUUUGACGGGACAAAAAUGUUGCGGAUGCUGAGAGGGAAGAGAUUGGUGUUUGUUGGUGACUCUUUGAAUAGGAAUAUGUGGGAAUCUUUGGUCUGUGCAUUGAGAGAAUCGUUGAAAGAUAAAAGCACAGUCUAUGAGGUUUCGGGCAGGCGCCAGUUCAGGACUCAGGGGUUCUAUUCUUUCAUAUUCAAAGAUUACAGAUGCUCAAUAGACUUCAUCAAAUCACCAUUUCUUGUUCAAGAAUCGAAAAUCUCAGAUAGGAUCGGAAAAGGAAGAGACACACUGAGACUUGACAUGAUUCAAGGCUCUUCCUCCAAGUAUUAUGAUGCUGAUAUAAUCAUAUUCAAUACUGGCCAUUGGUGGACUCACCACAAAACGUUCAAAGGGAUUAAUUACUACCAGGAAGGCAGCCAUGUCUAUAACAGACUUGAAGUGACCGAAGCAUACACAAAAGCCUUGAAAACUUGGGCUCAAUGGGUUGAUGCAAAUGUUGAUAGUAACCGUACCAGGGUCUUCUUUCGUGGUUACUCAGCUUCUCACUUCAGGAAAGGGCAAUGGAACACUGGUGGGCGUUGUGAUGCGGAGACACAGCCAAUAACAAAUGAAGACUACAUGGCUCACUAUCCAUGGAUGAUGAAGAUCCUUGAAUCAGUAAUAGCUGAAAUGAAGACGCCAGUGUUUUAUCUCAACAUUACGAAGAUGACAGACUACAGACAAGAUGGACAUCCUUCAAUCUACAGGCAGAUGGAGAUCCCAAGAAGCCCUGGAAUGAUCCAAGACUGCAGCCACUGGUGCCUUCCCGGUGUUCCAGACUCCUGGAAUCAGCUUCUCUAUGCCACUCUGCUCAUUUCACAUCGUGAUUUGCCUAGCAAAUCUAAGAAAUGACUUGCAAAUGCUCCUGUAAUUUUGUGUACUUUUUGCCUUGUAUCCAAGCUUGAUCUUCAAUAUAAAAAUUUGCAGUGUUUUUCUGUGUAUCUGCUACACGUUUUUAUUGUCAACGAAACACUAUCCAUCAAAUUAUGAAGUACUUUUCCAUAUUUA